AUGACGGGUAACGGUGGUCCCGCCGUUUCGCUACCGGCAACUCCGCGCCACCGCUCUGGAGCAGCCCUCAACGAGCUGAUUUGCUCGCUGGAAAGACAGUGGAACAUCGGUCUUAGGCUUCGUGGUAAUGGAUGGUCACCAAACAAAGCCAUCCCGAGCGAUGCGGCCGACAAGGUCAAUGCGCUUAUCCAAUUCCUCUUCUACAGCGCACCGACGGCGCUCGAAGAGGCGAUUGAACAAUUCAAGGGAGACGCCCCUAGUUUGACGCGUGAGGAGCGCUUGGAAAAGCUUCGUGAGAUUCUGUCCCGUGUUAAAAAGGGUGAAUUGGAGUCGAAGGGCAGGACGCCGAGGAAUGAGCCGCCUAAAGUGCGGGCGACACCCUUUAGUGACAGGGGCCAAGCCUACCUCGCAAGUAACAACUAG